CCUUCGCCUGGCUAUGGUGCCGCCGGACCUCAACCGGGAGGUUAUGGAGGUGCACAACCGCCUUCUGGUUAUGGACCGCCUGGCUAAAUUCGCUCUCUAUUUGCUAGUUGUCAGAAGUAUUGCAUUGUAUCAAAUGAUUACCUGGGCAUACUGUAAAAAGAUGGCACAUUAUACUAACUUCAACUACUUUAUUACUGAUAAUAAAUCUUGAUA